GAAGGUGAAGGCUCAGAGUACAUGCAGUCAUGUCUGUUGGUCCAGCCGAGCCGACGUCAACGUGCUAUGACGUCACGUACCGGAUGAACUCGCAGAACCCAUCGUCGUUUCACGUCAAAACAACAACGCGGAAGACGAUACAGCAUGACGGAUGUGUGUAACUGAGGGGAGGUUAAGGCUCAGUUAACAACAUAACGGUUUCAGGCAUUGCGGUUGAACUCAAUAAUGUGGCUGAAUAGGAGACAAAUAUAGCGACCCAGACGAAAGCUAAUUUAUGAGUGGAAAGUCAGUCGGUCCAGCUUUGCGUUUUGGAUCCUAAAGUCCAUGUUAACACAUCGUAGCUUUUCUACCAAUUGAUGUCCUGUAGCUCAUCGCAGACUGGUUCAGAGUCAACAUGGGCAAUGGGAUGAAUAAGGUUGUCGAUGGACUUUAUCUUGGAAACAUAAGAGAUGCAGAAAACAAAGACAGUCUGUCCAAGAAUGGCAUCACCCACAUCCUGUCAGUGUACAACAACGCUAAGCCCGUUUUUGAGGACAUGACGUACCUUUGUAUUCAUGCGGCUGAUGCUUCCAGCCAGAACCUAUUACAACAUUUUAAAGAGUGCAUCAGCUUCAUCCAUGAAUGUCGCCUGAAUGGUGGAUCUUGUCUCGUCCAUUGCCUUGCAGGUGUGUCCCGCAGCACUACCAUGGUGGUGGCUUACCUGAUGACUGUCACCCACUACAACUGGGAGGAGUGUCUGUCUGCGGUCAAGGCCGUUCGCUCCUUUGUCGGCCCAAACUAUGGCUUCCAGCAGCAGCUACAGGAGUAUCAGAUGACACAAGUCUCAGAGUACCGAGCUUGGUUACAGUCCAGUUUCCGUCCCAGUCCAUUUAAUGACCAGGAGCAGGUGGGCGCCCUACUGAGCCAGUACACAGAGCAGCAGGAAAGCCAGAGGAGAGGAGCAGACCAUCGCUGGAUAAAUCAAGGUGUCUGUGCUCUGCCAUCCAACCCUGAUGACCCUGAAGGCAGUAGCUGAAAUAUGGGCUUGUGGUCAUGCCAAAGUCCUGCCCAAUGGCAGUCGUUAUUAUUCUGUACUCAAUUCAAAAUCAACCCCAAGUUGUAUCCGACUUAAAGGCUUUUGUACACCUAUGACAAAGCGUAGGAUGAAAUAAAUGUCCCCUUAAAGCAUAUGUUUUAUUCUCUGAAUUGCACAUAUCAAGCCAUUUUUCAGCGAUGGAGGUUGAUUUAGAAUUGAGCUACAGACUCUUCUCUACUAUCAGUACCACCUAUGCUCUUUUAAAAUGAGUACAGCCACAACAUGGGUAUCAGUGCUCACAGACGCCUUAUUCUAAACACCUCAGCACCUUAGCCAUAAUGAAUAAACUAUACUUCCACAUGGAAAUUUCACACCUGCAAAAUUGAGUUUUGUGGCCUUAAAGUAAGACAAAUUAAAGGAACAUUUUGUCUUGAAA